AUGGUGAUUGAGUUCGCCGUCUUUUCGCAGGGCACGUUCCUGGUGACAAGAGCCGCUGCACGUGCCAUGAUCACCUCGGGCGUCAAGGAGGGAGUCAUCGUAAACGUCGCCAGCGUACUGGCCAAGACCGGACUCUCCGGCUUGGUAGCGUACACAGUUUCCAAGGGAGGCGUAGUGUCACUCACCAAGUCGGUCGCUCAAGAGUUGGCGCAGCAUGGCAUACGCUGCAACGCCGUGCUGCCUUCACUGACGCUGACUGCGAUGAGCGAUGCGCAGCCCGAAGAGCCAAAGAGAGCGUGCAUCGCGCUGACACCCCUGGGCCGAAUAUGCCCAGCCGGAUGA